AUGGAUGCAGAUAUCGUUCACGAAAUACUGAAAGUUCGGCCAGAUUUUGCUUUAAAAUUAGACCGUGAGGGAUACUCUCCAUUGCACAUAGCUUCAAGCAAAGGGCAUUUAGACAUCACAAGGGAGAUUCUGAUUGUAAACUCUCAUCUUUGUUUCAUGAGAGACGGUGCCGGAAGAAUACCUCUCCAUUCUGCAGCGAUCAACGGCCACAUUCAUAUCCUAAAUGAGAUACUCUCAGCAAAUCCUGACUCCGUAGCAACACUAACGAAACAUGGAGAGACUGUCAUACACCUAAGCAUCAAGGCCAACCAAUAUGAGACUGUAAAGUACUUGGCUGACAACAUCGAUGUCGCAGAUUUCUUGAACUUGGCAGACGAUGAUGGAAACACCAUAUUACAUAUUGCGGCCUCCAGAAAGUACUUGCAGAUAGUUGAAUACCUACUCAACAAAUCUGAGGUUGAAGUUAACAUUUUAAACCGAAAGGGAUUCACAGCUCUAGACAUUGCCGAGCAAGUCACUAUGCACGACGACACACAAAAUCUCAAAGGUAUGCUAGAGAGCGCCGGUGGCAAAAGUAGUAGUGAGUUUCUACAUGAACCUCGGGUAGAGAGAUUCCUAGAAAAUAAUCAAAUGGGCCGGUCAUCAUCUCCGAAGAGGAUUAAUGGGUCUCCAGUAAAUUCACCACGCCGUCGACGCCAAAAUCGUGCCAGAAAACAAUUUGAGCCCUUCAAUAUUGAGAUGGAAAAAUCUCCUGUGUCAGCAAAAAACAUGCCAGCCCAACCACCCAAUGUUCAAGAAACAGUCCAUAUCGGACCACCGUCUUGUCCUAACAAUAUCUUAGAAUCCUCGAUGAAGUUGAAUUCUUAUCAGUGUGACAGUAGCCAAAAACGUCAGCUUGAGAUUCACUACGAAGGGAUCCAAAAUGCUCGAAACACAAUAAUAUUGGUUGCCAUUUUGAUUACUACUGUCACCUUCACCACCGGUGUCAACCCGCCUGGCGGCAUCUACCAGGAUGGAAUGUUAGUUGGCAAGUCUAUAAUGGGAAGAACGACGGCCUUCAAAGUUUUCAUGAUCAGCAACCAUGUGGCCUUAUUUUCAUCCAUCGGCAUUGUCGUUGUCCUAGUCAGCGUCAUACCUUUCAAACGCAAGUCAAUGAUGAAAUUAUUGGGGGUGACGCAUAAGAUGACGUGGGUCUCGGUGUCUUUUAUGGCUGUAGCAUAUGUGUCGGCGAUAUGCGUGACGGUGCCCGUCACGAGAGGGACAAGAUGGGAGAUGGUGGCUUUGGUAUCAAUUGGAGGAGGAAGCUUGGGGUCUGUUUUUGUGUGGCAAGGUGUGCUACUAACAAGGCAUUUUCUGAGGAAGCGGGAGCUGAAAAGGGAGAAGAAGAUACAGAAUAAGGAGACUACCUCAGAUUCUGAUAACUCUGACAUGGAGAGCUCCAAAACAUCAGGAUAUCAUACAUAUUAG